AUGCUCAAUCGGCUUUGGCAGAUAAGGGAGAGACGGAGCCUGGGACGGGGACAGAGAGAGAGAGAGAAAGAGAAGCAGAAAGAAGGUGCGAAGGGCUGGAGCAGGGGGCGGGGUAAGGAGGACGGAGGGAACGUGGAAGAGGAAAAAGAAGUGAAGAACCCAAGUGCUCAAAAGGCCGCGGCCCUGGGCAGCUGUGAGAUAGGAGCUCGCCCCCACCGUCCCCCGCCUGCCAUGUCUGCCCCCCCGGCGCCGUCCGACCGCGUGACAGUGAACAUGGCCACGGAAGAGGUCCAGAUCCAGCUGUGCCCGGACCCACGUCUGGUGAGCACGGCUACGGGCGGCGUGGAAGGCGCCUGCCACAGCUGCCUCCUGCCCUUCAGCGUGGUGGCGGCGCUAAUCGGGGUGGCGGUGACGGCCCUGGCCUACGCCCGGGACGCCCAGGGCUUGGUGCUGGGGGUGCUGGGGCUGUCCCUGCUGGGUGCUGGGGUGCUGGGCCUGGCCGGGAGCUACCUGGCCUACCGCUGCCGGGGCCGCAAGAUCAGGGGCUGGAGACGCGGCAGCUUCACCCUGCUGGUGGGGGACCAGCAGCAGCAGAAGGCGGUGGUGUGAGAGUCAGAUCCCGGCCGGCGCGGGGCUCCAGUCCGAGUUCUGCCUCCAUCCCGACUCUGAUCCAGGCCGGCGCGGGGCUCCAGUCCGGGUUCUGCCUCCAUCCCGACUCUGAUCCAGGCCAGCGCGGGGCUCCAGUCCGGGUUCUGCCUCCAUCCCGACUCUGAUCCAGGCCAGCGCGGGGCUCCAGUCCGGGUUCUGCCUCCAUCCCGACUCUGAUCCAGGCCAGCGCGGGGCUCCAGUCCGGGUUCUGCCUCCAUCCCGACUCUGAUUCAGGCCAGCGCGGGGCUCCAGUCCGGGUUCUGCCUCUAUCCCGACUCCGGGCGCGGGGCUCCAGUCCGGGUUUGGGCUCCAGUCUGGGUUCCGCCUCCAUCCCGAUUCCGAUCCAGGCCGGUGUGGGGCUCCAGUCCGGGUUUGGGCUCCAGUCCGGGUUCCGCCUCCAUCCCGAUUCCGAUCCGAGCUGGCGCGGGCCUCCAGUCUGGGUUCGGGUUCCAGUCUGGGUUCCACCUCCAUCCCGACUCCGGGCGCGGGGCUCCAGUCCGGGUUUGGGCUCCAGUCCAGGUUCCACCUCCAUCCUGAUUCCGAUCCAGGCCGGUGUGGGGCUCCCGUCCGGGUUCCACCUCCAUCCCGACUCCGGGCAAGGGGCUCCAGUCCGGGUUCGGGCUCCAGUCCGGGUUCCGCCUCCAUCCCGACUCCGAUCCAGGCCAGCGCGGGGCUCCAGUCCGGGUUCUGCCUCCAUCCCGACUCUGAUCCAGGCCAGCGCGGGGCUCCAGUCCGGGUUCUGCCUCCAUCCCGACUCUGAUUCAGGCCAGCGCGGGGCUCCAGUCCGGGUUCCGCCUCCAUCCCGACUCUGAUCCAGGCCGGCGCGGGGCUCCAGUCCGGGUUCUGCCUCUAUCCCGACUCCGAUCCGAGCCGGCGCGGGGCUCCAGUCUGGGUUCGGGUUCCAGUCUGGGUUCCACCUCCAUCCCAACUCCGGGCGCGGGGCUCCAGUCCGGGUUCGGGCUCCAGUCCGGGUUCCGUCUCCAUCCCGACUCUGAUCCAGGCCGGCGCGGGGCUCCAGUCCGGGUUCCGCCUCCAUCCCGACUCUGAUCCAGGCCAGCGCGGGGCUCCAGUCCGGGUUCCGCAUCCAUCCCAACUCCGAUCCGGGCCGGUGUGGAGCUCCAGUCCGGGUUCUGCCUCCAUCCUGAGUCCGAUCCGGGCUGGCAUCGGGCUCCAGUCCGGGUUCUGGCUCCAUCCCGAGUCCGAUCCGGGCCGGCGUGGGUAUCCAGGCCGGGUUCUGCCACCAUCCAGAGUCCCUUGGCUGAGCCAUCCUACCUCCUGCUGUAUGGGACCUGCCCUGCGUUGUAUGUCAUUGCCCCUGUACUGCAGGUCACGGGGGAUUCACCUUUAAACCCAACACUCCCACACCCAACUCCCCUGCAUACAGACAUCACAGCCUCCAGCCCUGCCUCAGACUCUGGUUGCAGCCCUCUUGCCGCAUGAAACUACAUGCCAAUGGGCCCAUCUAGCGUGGCAUCCGGCCUCCAGCAGCCACCGGCAUCUGCUGCUGUGGAGGAACGGCAUGAGACACCCCCGCCCCCCAUGCGCGAUUAUGGAAUAAUUCACCUGGAUACUGAGCUCCAGCCCUUGCUGAGAAUCCUGCGGCCAGGAGUUCCACAGGCUGGGCACAAAAAUAUCUCACCCUGAUCCAGUCUCCUCCCUGCUGCUGGUGGGCAGGCGGUGAUUUAAAGGGCCAGCACGGAGCUCAGAAAGCGGACGGGGUCCAGGUAGGGGAGGUUUCUGUCCCUGCUCGGGGGCUGGGUUAGUUAUAAAGGUUUCUGAGGGGGGGGGGUAGCGCUUUGGAGCUGGGUAGAUCAGCCGCUGCGGCCCCCUCUGGGGUGGG